ACACGAGAACGCCACGAAUCUGAACGUCGACCGUCACGUCGAAAUCACUACAAAUCGAUCGCUCGGAUUCUCAUCAAUUCUGCCAAUCGCUCACGCGGCGCGAUUCAAUGGCGGCUAACGUCAGAUAACCUCGAAACGGCGCGAAUACGGUCGCGUUCGCCACGGAAAUUCGUGUAUUUUGCCGGAAGCAGUCAACGAUUUGACCAACGCUGGAACGUCAGUCCGCGUCGCUUCCCGACAACGCUUCAGGACCUGGUCUCAGCCACGACAUUCCCUGUUCCAAGGAGCCGCGGCGUUCGCCAUUUUUAAAAGGAGCUCGAUCAGCCGUCCGCCGCCGCCGCCGCCGCGCGCGCGAUCGCAGCGACUACGUCGUUCUCCACUGACGAGGGACGUGGAGCGCGAGGGGGCGAGCAGUAAAGUGCGCGGCGAGGUAACGUGAAGUGAUCCCGAGUGACGGUGGUCGUUCGUCGUGAAUUCAGUGGCUACGUCGUGCUGAUCGUCGGCGAGUCGUACGUGUGGCCGCGUGUGCGUUUGUGUGUGUGUGGCGCGUCGCGUCGCGUCGCGUCGACGAGGAUCCGUUCGCGGUUCAUGGGCGUGUUCCGUGUCCGGCCCGUCGGCUGAUAAGGGAAGGUAGGAACGAGAGCGAUUUCUCGACGAGUCGGAGUACGAGCAGUCCGCACGCGACGGUGUACGAUGUGAAGGUAAACUCGCACAAGUGCAGGAGAGGAUCGUCCUUCGUGCGCCAGUGUCCAGUUCGGCCAGUGUCCAGGACGAGUGUCGGCGGGGUGAGAGUUUGUCGAAUCGAGAGCGAAGGAGUCGUCGUCGAGGCAUCUGCGACGGUGACUCUCGCGGUCCCACCAGUUCCCGUCGCGGUGUAGCGAGCCGUCCCGCGCUCGCCGCAGCAAGGAUGUCGAGCCUGCCGCAUAUGUCGAGCAGCGGGCUCAGCAAGCUGAAAAAGAAACACUUUCGGGUGAAGCAUCAGAAGGUUAAGCUGUUCCGCGCGAACGAGCCGCUGCUCAGCGUGUUUAUGUGGGGUGUUAAUCACACGAUAAACGAACUUAGUCACGUUAACAUUCCAGUAAUGCUCUUGCCGGAUGAUUUUAGAGCUUACAGCAAGUUAAAGGUGGACAACCAUCUCUUCAACAAGGAGAACAUGCCAUCCCACUUCAAGAUCAAAGAAUAUUGCCCGUUAGUCUUUAGGAACUUGCGAGAGAGGUUCGGUAUAGACGAUCUGGAUUACAAGGAAUCGAUGACGAGAUGUCGGGCGUUUAAUCCGUCGCGAGCGAAGCAACGCUCGGAUUUGGUUUCCGUCUGCGGAAGGACUCGUCAGUUGGUUCAGCGCUCCGCUACCACUCCGUCGAUCAUCCUUUCCUCUCCUUCUGUCUCCUCGCAAAUUUCGAUUCUAAACAAACCGCUACGUACCUACGGUUUUAAACCGAAACGCCUGAGAUCGCAGCCAGUGCUCGACGAUUCAUCCGGGAAAAGCGGCGCGAAGUUCUAUCAAUCCUACGACAAGUUAUUCAUUAUUAAAACUCUCACGAGCGAGGAAGUCGAGAGAAUGCAUUCGUUCUUGAAACAUUAUCAUCCAUACAUCGUCGAGCGACACGGGAAAACACUGUUACCGCAGUAUCUGGGAAUGUAUCGACUGACCGUCGACGGUGUCGAGCAUUACGUAGUCGCGAUAAGGAACGUCUUCUCGAAUCACUUAACUACACACAAGAAAUUCGAUCUGAAAGGCUCGACGGUAGACCGAGAGGCGUCGGACAAGGAGAGGGAGAAAGAUCUUCCUACUUACAAAGAUAAUGAUUUCGUCAAGGAAGGCAUGAAGAUCUACAUCGGGGAAGAGGCCAAAGCUAAGCUAAUAGAAACCCUAACCGCCGACGUAGAAUUCCUGACAAGACUACACCUGAUGGACUAUUCGUUGCUGCUUGGUCUGCACGAUUGUGCGCGCGCUGAACAAGAGAGCAGAGAGCGCGCUGAAAGGGAGGAGGACGAGGAUAAUCACGACGAGGAGGAUGACAGUGAGUCCGGCAGCGGACUGGAGUCUCGAGGCCCGACGGGAGACCGCCUGUGGGGUUGGGGUGGCGUCGGUGCAAUCGCCAGCAUGGCAACGCCUCCCGAGUCGCCGCAUGCUGCGUUGAUGCGCGACACCAGUUUACAAUACGAGGAUGCGAUUAUACCUGAACUAGAUAUUUACGCUAUUCCUAGUAAAGAAGGUGCUCCCACGAAGGAGAUCUACUUCCUGGCCAUAAUAGACGUGCUGACACAUUACGGUGUGCGCAAGCAAGCAGCGAAAGCGGCCAAGACAGUGAAGUACGGUGCUAACGUCGACGGUAUAUCCACCUGUGAUCCAGAACAAUAUGGCAAACGGUUCAUAGAGUUCAUGAGCAAAGCUAUAGAAUAAACGGGUGUCGAACACCCUGUGCGAGAGAGCCGAGGAAAUUUUGCGACGAUAUUACCGCUUGUGUGUGUAUUGUCGGAGUGAAAUCGCGGGUUGAAAACACAUAGAAAACGGAAAAAAAAAAGAAAACCGCAACUUGCAGAGUCUGUGGAGAUGUAUAGGAUCGUCUCGCGGUCUCCGGGUUCGGUAAAUUUCGGCACUGUCUGACGCUGGCACUGGUAUUCUUCUUAAAUAACGCUUUCAUCGACACGCGAUCGAAUAGAAGUCGAUACCGAAGUUGCUUGUUUCACGCGUAUCUUUUUGUCUUGACAGUGCGCGCGACUCUUCGCCGAUAUUUUUUAUCGAGGUUCAUUGUAUUCUGCACGAGCGACGCGAGAUUGUCAUUCUCGAUAUUAUUAAUCGACUAAUUCACGUUGCCUCUCGCACAGUCUCGAUCGUCGUAUGUGCGCCGCGCAAGGCAGCGAUCACACGUCGCGUGUGUGAUCGGUCUCUCUCAGGUGUGAAACCUCCAAGUUUCUCCUGCGACCUCCUCGAAAUCGAACGUUCGACUGUACAUGCGAUACACACGUAUACAUGAUAUCGCGGCUGUGUGAGAAUCUCUAUAAACGCGAUGACAAACGCCUCCUCUUUUCUCUGUCCCCUGUUUUGUUUUUACGCUUGGCACACAUGCACAUAUUUCCGAAGAACGGGUGCAACGAUCAGUUCCAUUAUACUACGCGCGAAUUCGGUAGUAGAGACUAUACUCUAUCUGCGAACUACGAUAGAAUUCUAAACCGCACAAUGCUUUUCUCUCUCUCUUUACUGAUAUAUCAGUAGCCGUUGAUAUUUCGCGAAAGUAUGUCGACUACACAGCGACCGUUAUUCGGCAGAUCGACGAGCAAGAGUCAAAUGCGUACUAUAGAUUACGAAAAAAAAAAA